CAUCACCAUUGCGGUGCAUUAUGCAUACGGAGCCGCUGCUGCUCGCUGUCUGUCACAGGCGUCCGCGUGAGGCGAGCUGCUCGACCGCGGUGACCGCCCUCGCCAAACACAACCUCUCUUCCGCCGCGGCGACAAGCUUCACUUCAGGUGACCAUCAACAAUGUGUGACACUGUAGAAAAGUAUUCGCCUCUCCCUGUGGAGAUCUGAGCUGCGGGACACUGAGGCAGCCGAGGAGCGUCUCUGAGGAAGAUGCUGCGUUCAGAGCGCAGUGUCGUUGAAGAAUGGCUCUCCGAAUACAAGUCUUUACCAGAAAACCACAUCUCCAGUUAUGCAGGCAGCCUUCAUUUGAAGAAGUCAUUGGUACCAGCAUUGUACAGGGUCAUCCAGGAUCCCAGCAACGAGCUGUUGGAGCCUGUGUGCCACCAGCUGUUUGAGCUGUACCGCAGCUCGGAGGUUCGUCUGCGACGUUUCACCCUGCAGUUUUUGCCUGAGCUUGUGUGGGUGUAUCUGCGAGUCACAGCCAGCAGGGAUCGGCAGAGCAAUGGUUGCAUCGAGGCCCUCCUCCUGGGCAUUUACAACCUGGAGAUUGUGGACAAAGACGGCAACAGCAAGCUCCUCUCUUUCACCAUCCCCUCGUUAUCCAAGCCGUCCAUUUACCAUGAGCCUUCUAGCCUGGGCUCCAUGGCAUUGACAGAGGGAGCUCUGUGUCAACACGACCUGAUCCGAGUGGUGUACAGCGGCCUCCAUCCUCAGAGAGAGACCUUCACAGCUCAGAACAGGUUUGAGGUGCUAUGUUUCCUCAUGCUGUGCUACAACUCUGCUGUGGUCUACAUGCCGCUGUCCUCCUACCAGUCAGUCUGCAGAAUGAGCUCACGGUUGUGUGUAUGUGGAUUCCCACGGCAGCAGCAGAAGCUGUGGGGGGAACCUUGCAACCGUGUACUCUUGGACCCGGAGUUCAUGGUGCAGAUGCUGACUGCUGUUUAUCAUGCCAUAUACAAUGGCGAGUGGGAGAUGGGACGGGAGGCUCUGGAGGACGUUCUGUACAGAGCCAAGCUGGAGCUUUACUCGCAGCCUCUCCUGCUGGGCAACGCCAUGAAGAACUCUCUACCAGAGAGCGCCCCGAAUGAGCCGCGUGGCCGCAAGGUGCUGCAGGUGGAGGUGACACCCACAAUUAGCCGCAUCUCCAUCUCGGCUAUCACCACCGCCUCCAUCCGCCGCCACCGCUGGAAGAGAGAAGGCCGCAAGACGGAGGUUUUAGAUUGUUUUGACUACUCGAAUGAUGCCGAGUUGAGCCUCGCCGUCACGCGUCCUAACCACCACCACUCAACAGCCAAAGAGCAGAGAGAAGGGGGGCCUCGCAACCAUCACCACCACAACAGCAGCAGCAGCACCAUUCCCCCCAUCACACUUGAGGAUGCCGAUGGUAUGAGCGGCGGCGAGGAUUCCUUCAACGUGAAUGACCCAGACGAGGGAUUCUCCUCCGGGGCGUCCAACAGCAGCCAGCCCAGCGGCACCAGAGCGGGUGGCGGUGGCGGCCCGAAGGCCAGCAACAGCAUCAAGAAAGCCAUCACGGCCCGACUGUCCCGGGAGAGAGAGCGAGACAGACCCGAGCCUCCGAAGCAGGCCGACUUGUUAGCCGAAGCGAAUAGGCAGAGGAAGCUGUCUCCCCCCGCCAGCAUCGAACUGGACGCCAUCCAGCUGAGUCCCAUCAAGAAACACCUGAGCUUCCCCACGGGACCCCCGCUGGUACGGACCGGCAGCACCUCCUCCAGCAAGUCUUUCGACUGCAUGAACUUCAGUAUGAACGGGGGCAGAGAGGACCAAGAGGGAGGCGCCGGAGGCUCGGACCAGGAGGGGGGUCGCCCUGCUGGCGGCUCCCACCGCCACUCCACCAUCAGCCUGCAGGAGGGCCACCUGCUUAGGCCGGAGGAGGACCCGCUGUCCCCCCUCACCAAGCAGUCCCGCUCUCCCAGCUUCAACAUGCAGAUCAUAUCACAGGUUUAACAAACACACACACACACACACACACACACACUUCCAAGUGCAUUCUGUGUGUCUUUGAACACCCGUUCAAUUAAGUAUCUUUGUUCUGCUGUUGCUAAAAAGCAAUCAAACAUGGCUGAUAAGUACAAUCCCAUCCCAACUGAAUAUUCCCAAACCAGGAACCUCCUUGCGGGAUGCUAGGCUAGCAGCUGUCACGUUUCCAUAGCAUUUCAACACUGUUUGAUUUUUUUUGACUGAAUCAGUCGACUCAGCAAUAACACUCAACACGUAGAGGUGGGGUUUUUUUGCGCUCGUCAUUCCCUCCCUUUCAUUCCCGGGCUCACGUGCAAUCGCUCUUGCUUGAUUAUCUUCCUUCUUAACGGGUGUUUUUGGAAAAAAAAAAAUCAGGAUUAAAUACUGUUUGAGGAUAUUAAUUUAUUAAUUUGUGACAAUCCAAAGAAAGAAGGUAGCAUUUUUUUGUUGUCUUAAAUACAUCAAGAGAUUGCACACUUGUUUAUGUCAUGUUUAGUAUAAAUCCCAUUUAAAUCUGUAACAUGCUGUCAAACCAAACUGGAACUCUUAUUUACUGGACCUGAGGAAAUCGCUACUGAGGAUUAUAUUUAAAUGUAAAAUAUAUAUAUAUAUAUUAAAAUAUAACUGUGUAAAGCAUUGUUAGGUCUUUGCAGGUUGAAACGAUUGAAUGGGGCACUUUUCAAUGAGGCAGUCUCGUGGUCUCUUGACUGUUGUGUAAAAAGAGAGUAUGGCCAACCUCCGCAAUGAUUGGUGAAAAAUGCACUCACGUAAACUACAGGGCGCCAUGACUGCUACCAACUUUGGCUGAUGCUGUGUGUCUGCAACGCUUCCUCUUUAGUUUUUUGCAGUGUAAGAAUGCCCUGUUGUGCAGCGUGAGGCUGCUCCACUCGUGGGAAUUGUGCAAUGUUUUACAUCGCUUUCCCCACAACCCAGAAAGAAUAAAAGUACGGGAAGUGAAGGACUGGAAAGCCACCAAAUACAGCGUCUUGUGCCAGGUAAAGUCACGACACAACAUCUGCGUUUUGUUCAGGACAGAACAAACAGAAGCUAAUGCAAAUAACAGAAGAAAUUAACAAAUUCAAGAGAUGGUUUGACAAAAACAGGCUAUCUUUGAAUCUCAGUAAAACUAAUACUGUAUAAUGCAAUUCGGUAAUAGCAGAAGAGAAAGUCAAACACAAAUACAGAUAGCCGGACAUUGUAAGAGGAAAAGAAACAACAUUUUGGAUGUAAGAAUAGAUGAUAGUGGAUUAAUAAAGUUUGUCUAAGUCUAAAAGCUCAGGCCUUGCCCAUUGAUUGCAGCCACCACAGUGUACUUCACACACACGUCAUCAUUUCUCUGAAGAUUUUAGCAAAAUGAGGGUAAUUAGUUAUUUUUUCGGUUCUGUGUAUUUUUAAAGUUUAUUAUAGUGUUAUAGAGCCUGCUGGUCACGGAACUGCAUGAAUGUAUACAGCGGAAUGCAUUAAAUACGGCCACAAAAUUAUACUUUUGCGACAUAAAAUCAUGUUUUAUUGUAGGUUUAUGAGCUGGAGUAUGUUUAUUUGCUAAGGAAAACUAAUGUCAGAACGACUGCAAUUACAUGCUUUUGGACACAGCCAUGCACACAUCCUUGGUAGCAAAGAUGGCGCCUCUCGUUAAGUUGGCCAUACUCUCCUGUUGGGCUUUUGUCGUCCACUAGAAGUGAGUGGCUGUCACAGCCCAACAGCUAGUGAAACAAUAGCAGUAAUUGUUCUUUCUUUUCCCGCUACCUCAUCAUGUGUUGCCACCUGGUUAAAGAACCCACUCCAUUUGGACAUAAAAGUACUUGAAUUGUUGUAUUUCCUCAAACAGUGGUUUGUUAGGGUAAUUUUGUUUGCCUUUUUUUGUGGCCGACAACAUUCUGGAAAUAAGAAGUGUGUCAAUAAGACAAUUUUUGGCAUUUUUGCUAAAUGUUUGAAAAACAUGUACCGCGCGCAACUGCUUAAUUCAAUAUUAUUUAAAGCAAAAAGCUAUUCCAAACAUGUUUUUGCCACCUUGACGUCAGAGUGCAAAGCAAUUUUUCCAUCAGUUUGUAACAUACAAUAAUAUCAUGUGGCGAUUAUACAUUUUUAUGCUUUCGCAGUUACAAGGUUGUGACAAAUAGUAUGUAUGUAAUGUAUCCAUAUAUAUAUAUAUAUAUGUAUGU